UCAGUUGUUCAGUAGCAGCUCCUCAACUUCCUUGUUCAGCCGUCAGUGCCGUUUCCUCUUUCGUUAACUGUUGUUAUUCCUCUUUGCCACACCGUUUGAAAUGAAUUUGCUGCGUUAAUCUGAAAAAAGGACACAAAUCUGCACUCUCCAAAGGAAUGUGAACACUGCCUGAUUCUGGUGCAGAGUUUUGCACUGGUUUGAAGCCCGGCUGAACUUUUUUGGAGCUUCUGCAAUACUGUGUUAAUGGACCACUUCGACAUUUCUGUAUGAGGGGGAAGAAAGACACAAAGUGAAGCGGUGGUAACCAUGUGUGUGUCUGUGCAGUAGUGUGCGAGCUGUGUGGGUAUAAGUGUGUGUGUGAGUACGUGCGAUGUCGGGUGACACCAGAACCCUGCUCUGGAGAAGCAUAUCCACCACCAGCCAGUCGGAGUCUUCGGAUGUGGCUCCUGCUGUAAUCGGGGGGAGGGAAAACUUUGUCCCAGUGAAGAUCAUCAAAGUGUGUUUCCUCAGCAACAGCUCCAACCUGGGCAAGAACUUCAAACUGGUCCGCUGUGAGGAGGGCUGGACUGUGAAGUCUGUCAUCAAGACAGUGCUGUCCAGUGGCUGUGUGGGUCCCGACAUAAAGAACAGCCUCUCUUACGGCAUGCUGCUCAAACACCUGAAGUCCUCAGAGAUGCACUGGCUGCACCCAGAUCUGACCAUCUCUGAGCUCACUCAGAGAUACGAGCAGCAGCACCUUGAGGCUGAAUGGAGAUAUGACCUGAGGAUCAGAUACAUCCCAUCAGACUUCAUGGAGACGUUCAAAGAUGACAGGACCACCAUGCUUUACUUUUACCAGCAGGUGAGAAGUGACUAUAUGCAACAGUACGCCUCCAAAGUCAGCGACGGAAUGGCCUUACAGCUUGGCUGUCUGGAAAUCAGGAGAUUCUACAAAGACAUGAAUCCCAAUGGACUGGAGAAAAAGUCCAACUUUGAACUGCUGGAGAAAGACGUGGGGCUGGACCUGUUCUUUCCCCGAGAGCUCAUAGACAGCAUGAAGCCCAAGCAGCUGCGCCGGCUGAUCCAGCAGACGUUUCAGGGCUACUCCACCCUGCAGCAGGAGCAGUGCAUGGUCAAGUUCUUCAGCACCCUGGCGCAGUGCUACAGCUUCACACAGGAGAGAUACGCCUGCCAGCUGGUGCAUGGAUGGAAUCUCGCCAUAGACUUGGUCAUCGGUGCAGAUGGAAUCAGUCAACAAACGGAGAACUCAACACCCACCUGUCUGGCCAAGUUCUCUCAGGUGCGAAGCAUCUCCUGUUCCGGGGAGACGGAUGGCCGAGCCCUUCUCAUGGUGCACAUAGAGGGAGCCAAGCAGCCCCUCUCAGUGAACACAUCCUCUCUAGCGGUUGCAGAAAACAUGGCGGACCUGAUUGAUGGUUACUGUCGAUUGGAAGGAACAGCUGAAAGUUCCCGCAUAGUCCGACCCAACAAAGGAAGAGACACCAGACUGAAACUUCCUGACAUCCCGAAAUGUGCUGCUCCCAGUGGCCCUGUAAGAAACUUUGGUUCUGAUAUAUAUGCUGAGAUACCAGAUGGCAAAGAGGACUUUGGUGACAAACACAUCUCAAUCUCCAGAGAUGAUGUUGUUGUGGGUCGAAUCCUGGGUGAAGGGUUCUUUGGAGAGGUGCAUGAUGGAGUUUACAAAAGUCCAAGCGGGGAGAGGAUCCGCGUGGCAAUCAAAACCUGUAAGGACGGCUCAGCUGAUGUGAAGGAGAAAUUUCUCAGUGAAGCCGGUCUGAUGAAAAAUCUGGAUCAUCCUCACAUCGUACGGCUCAUCGGAGUCAUUGAGGUCGAUCCGGUCUGGAUUGUCAUGGAGCUCUAUGAACAUGGAGAGCUUGGAAACUAUCUUGUGGAGCAGCAGUACAUCUUGACCACGGCAACGUUAACCCUGUACUGCCUACAAAUCUGCAAAGCCUUGGCUUAUCUGGAGGGGCUCAAUAUGGUGCACAGAGACAUAGCUGUCAGAAAUGUCCUGGUGGCCUCUUCUGACUGUGUUAAACUCGGUGACUUUGGCCUGUCUCGCUAUGUUGAUGAGCAAGAGUACUAUAAAGCCACUGUUAGUCGAUUACCAAUCAAAUGGAUGGCACCAGAAUCCAUCAACUUCCGGCGCUUCACCACAGCCAGCGACGUCUGGAUGUUUGGUGUGUGUGUGUGGGAGAUCUUCUCCAUGGCCCAGCAGCCCUUCUUUUGGUUGGAGAACGGGCAGGUCAUCAAUCAGCUGGAGGCAGGAGUUCGCCUCCACAAACCGCAGCAAUGCCCCCCCACGGUUUACAGCCUGCUCACCCGCUGCUGGGCCUACGAGCCGCACGGCCGGCCCUCCUUCGGCCAGCUCGUCUGCUCCUUCAGUGACAUCCAAAGGAUGGAGCUGGAGCAGGACACUGGAAAGAGGCAAAACAGGCCCCCCUCAUUCACAUCCAUAUUUGAUCCCAGCCACACAGAUCCUCCACCAAAGCCAUCCAGAAUACAGGGCAACACCCUCCCUCGGAUCACAAACAUAAAGGGUAAAGGAACAAAUGACCCAUCUUUGUGGGAGAAAGAGCGAGUGGAGGACACUUUACAAAGACAGAGGAGAGAGAUGCUGAUGGACAAACAGUGGCUGGAGCAGGAAGAGAAGCAGCUGGACCCCGCUGUGCGUCAGGAGUUACAAACAAAGACUUCUGAAACAAGCCCAGAAAAUGAUCCCAAAAAGAAACCCCCCACAGAUUCACAGCCUCGGCCCACCGCUGAGAUGGACCGGUCGGGGGAUCGAGUCUACACCGGUGUCAUGGCGAUGGUGAAGCAGGUGGUCCAGCUGAAGAAUGAUGUCAACACGCUGCCUACUUCAGAGUAUCCAAAUGCUGUCAAGGCAGUGGGUGUCACUCUGCGCAGCCUGAUCCAAAGUGUGGAUGAGAUCCUGCCCUCUCUGCAUGAGUCCGUCACCACAGAGAUUGAGGGCACAAAGAAGCUGCUGAACAAGGAUUUGGGCGAGCUGAUCAACAAGAUGCGACUGGCCCAGCAGAACUCCAUAACCUCCCUGAAGGAGGAAUGCCAGCGACAGAUGUUGGCAGCUGCCCACACACUGGCUCUGGACUCCAAAAACCUGCUGGAUGCUGUGGACCAGGCCCGAGUCAGGGCCAAUUUGGCCAAGCCCAAAUCUGAUUCACAAGAAGAAGAUUAAUGUGAAUGAAAAUAAUGCAGACUUCAUUUGUGAUCAUUUGGACAUUAAAUCUGUGACGGCUUUCCUUCUUCAGGACAUCCUCCACUUUAGCUCUGGAACUGAGAACUGAUGUAUGUUUGCUUGUUAAACAAACGAACAAACAAAAAAAAUCCAAUGCUGCCGAACAAGAGCAUUAUAUAAAAGCGAAACUCUUUGUACUGUUUGUUCUUUGAUUAAUUUGAGCUCUGUGGUGUUCUGCACCGCCUGUACUAUUUCCUGACAUGUCACCACUUAUGUCCUUGAUGCCAGUGUGCAGGAGCAAAUGAUGAAGGUUUUUCUGCUGGCAGAAUUCAGAAGUGCAGCGUUUUGUACACAUGGUGAAUGGAGUACCAUUAUGUUGAGUUUUCAUCUGUCUCUGCUCUUCUGAUGCAACCUUUUAAAAUAUGAAGUUGUAUGCAAUGAAUUUGAUGGCAUGCAGUUUACAUAAGUUUGCACCAGCCGUGACAUACUUGGAGAUGCUGAACGAAGAAAGAAGCCUGCGAGAAAAAUGCAAUGUAGCUUAGAGGAAAGGAAUAAAACAAAAAUGGUUUUGCUAAGUGUCUCUGUGGCUUUUAAUACAGGAAAUCCUGCCGCCCGUCAAUCAUC